GUGGAGCUAGCGCCAAUGAUUCGAAGGGAACCUGCCUCUUUAAGAAGACGCUCUCCUGUUGCACGGGGAGGCUGGCCCGGUGUUUUUCCACUAAUGCUCACCCAUUUUAAGAGACAAAGGUCAGAAAGAAAACCUUAUAAAUAAAAUUUACCACCGUAAUUCUCACUAUUCAACACCCGUCCGCCGCACCUCACUGAGAAAACAGAUACGUUCUAAAGGAAAUUAACGGAAUUCAAGUCAAUACAGCAUGGCACAGAAAGAGAAGCUCCAGUGUCUGAAGGACUUCCACAAGGACACGCUGAAGCCUUCCCCGGGGAAGAGCCCUGGCACCCGGCCCGAGGACGAGGCAGAGGGGAAGCCCGUCCAGAGGGAGAAGUGGAACUCCAAACUGGACUUUAUCCUGUCCGUCGCUGGGGGCUUCGUGGGUUUAGGGAACGUCUGGCGUUUCCCAUACCUCUGCUAUAAGAAUGGCGGAGGUGCAUUUCUCAUCCCGUACACUAUCUUCCUCUUUGGCGGCGGUCUCCCUGUGUUCUUCCUGGAGGUGGCCCUGGGACAAUAUACCUCCGAGGGUGGAAUCACCUGCUGGGAAAAACUUUGCCCCAUCUUUACUGGUAUCGGCUACGCUUCUAUUGUGAUCGUGUCCCUCCUGAACAUCUACUACAUAGUGAUCCUGGCCUGGGGUUUGUACUACCUGUUCCAGUGCUUCCAGCCGGAGCUGCCCUGGGCCAAGUGUAAGAACUCCUGGAACACAGACCGCUGUGUGGAGGACACCGUCCGUAAGAACAAGACCCUGAUGCUGGCCGCUAACAUCACCAACUUCACCUCGCCCGUCACCGAGUUCUGGGAACGUAAUGUCCUCAGCAUCUCCAGUGGCAUUGAUGAGAUCGGGGAGGUCAAGUGGGACCUGGCCCUCUGUCUGUUGGGGGUCUGGGUUAUCUGCUUCUUCUGCAUCUGGAAGGGAGUCAAAUCCACCGGAAAGGUAGUUUACGUCACCGCUACCUUCCCCUUCGUCAUGCUGAUCAUUCUGUUGAUCCGCGGCGUCACUUUGCCAGGAGCAUCUGAAGGAAUCAAGUUCUACCUGUACCCAGACCUGCAACGUCUCAAAGACCCCGAGGUUUGGAUCGACGCUGGCACUCAGAUCUUCUUCUCCUACGCCAUCUGUCUGGGAGCUAUGACGUCACUGGGGAGCUACAACAAGUACAAAUACAACUGCUAUAGGGACUGUUUGCUGCUGGGAGGCCUGAACAGCGGUACCAGUUUUGUGUCUGGCUUCGCAAUAUUUUCCGUCCUGGGCUUCAUGGCACAAGAGCAAGGGGUGGACAUUGCCGAUGUGGCAGAGUCAGGUACGACGUGGUCAAAGUGGCAGUGAUGGUGGGCGCUGCUACUUAAAAAUAAACAAACAGCAAAUAAACAAACAGCAAAUAAACAAACAACAAAUAAACAAACAACAAAUAAACAAACAACAAAUAAACAAACAACAAAUAAACAAACAACAAAUAAACAAACAACAAAUAA